AUGCACGGCAUGGAGUCAAUUGACCAGAACCUCAUGGCCAGCACCCCAACCUCAUUCGACUGGUCUGUCGGGGGUGGCAGCAGCACCGGAUCCCACCUGAACCUCGACACCAGCAUCCCCGCGACAUUCACCGCCGACGACCUGGACCUGGGCGCCUUCUCCGCGCGCAGCGGCAGCAUGCCCUCAAUCGCCAUAGACGAAUGUGAGCCUUUCCCCAACUUUUCCUCGCCGUCUUCACCAGUACCUUCAUUAUGGUUAGGUACCACGCGUGCCUCGUCUCCCGACUCCAUGCCCUCGGGGCCGCCACCACCACCCUCGGCCAGCAGCCUCUCCAACUACACCACCCCCUCCUCCUACUCCUCUUCCGGCAAACUCCCAACAACAACCUCCCCCUUACCCUCGGGAGAAAUGCACAUAGCCCCUUCUUGGGAAUUCAUGGCACACCCGCAUCUACCCCCUUCCCAACUCCACCCCCCAACCAACAAUGCUCCCCUGUCCCGCCCAGCCCACUCCCGCAAAACAUCCACAUCCUCCCUCUCGGCCGGAAGCACCGACCAAACCAUGUCUCCCAUCCCUGAAAUCGACGACGACCUCCUUCCCCUCGCCCCGGUCCCGCGUCUCCCCCGCCAAGGCAUCUUCGCCGCCCGCCGCGCCGAAUCCCCCGGCCCAGCAUCCUCGCGCUCAAGCUACACAGACCGCAGCCGCGCCCUCGCUACCACGCCCCUCCCUUCGCGCUUCGAAGCCGAAACCCUCACCAACGAAUUCAUCCGCCACCUUGAGUCGCUAGACUACAAGGCCUACUCCCUCUCCCCUUUACUCUUUGCGAGAUUCUGCGAAGCCGUCUAUCCCAAUGCUCAACCGUCGUCGGCUGUAGAGCUCUCGGUUAGCAUGGCCAUGGCGAGGUUCCAUGUCUUUCUCGCUAUGGCGAUUGCCAUGAAGGUGAGGAUUAGGGACGCGCCUGAGCAGACGAAUGCGCUGCUCGAGACGUGCUAUGAACUCGCCAUGCAGCAGACGGGGUCUUCGACUUUUUGGCAAGAGGCCGGUGCCAUGGAGGCGGCGCAAUUGCUUGCGCUUUUUGCGGCGUUGAGGAAGGCUGGGGGAGGAGAGGAGGGCGGGUUGAGACAUUCCUUUUCGUGGUAA